AUGCCUCGACGUACAAAUCGUCGACCUUCCAGUCCUAAAAAACGGAAGCAAUACAAUGAACAAGACAUGGCUAGAGCUAUCAAGGCAGUUAGAGAAAAAACAAUGGGAUAUCUCAAGGCAGCCAGAUCCUUUAACGUUCCACGAACAACGCUUUUUCGACUUAGUAGAGAUGGCACAGUUACUCCAGAGAGUGCUGCAGUAACAAAGCUGGGAAGAAAAUGUAUUCUCGGUUCAAAGCUAGAGAAGGAACUAGUGGAAUAUAUCUUAGCUAUGGAGUCCAAAUUUUAUGGCCUUACAUCCCAAGACAUGGCGCAUGGCUUAUCAGUUGGCAGCAAGAAAUAA